AUGGGUCGGCUGUUCAAGGAGUGGCUGACGUGUCACAAGGUGUACAUAUGUCGCCAGUGCCACUCCCACCUCGCGGCCCGCAGCCAGCUCGCCUCGCGCCAGUUCCGCGGCCGCACCGGACCGGCCUGGCUCUUUAACCGAGCCAGCAACGUGUCCGAAGGCCAGUGCGAAGACCGCGUCAUGACCACUGGAAAACACACAAUCGUCGAUAUUUACUGCAACGACUGCGGCACCAACGUGGGCUGGCGCUACCGCUUUGCUGUUCAAGACUCUCAGAAGUACAAAGAGGGAAAAUACAUUUUAGAAAAGGCCCUCCUCUUAGCCGAAAUCCAGGCCCCCAACGGCGCCCUCCGCCGCGGCAGCAUGGAGGCUUCGGACGCCGAGGCGGACUAG